UCGAUUGCUUCGAGAAGCUCGAACAAAUCGGUGAAGGAACUUACGGUUAAAUUACUCGAAUCCACUCUCGACUCCUUUGGGUAUUCAAAAAGGCAUAAACUUUCUUACUCGGGAGGAUUGAUCAGUUGUUGGGUUAGAAACAGUUUUUUGAUUGUGGGUUUCAGUUUUUCACAAUGCAUAUCCUUCUGAUUUCGAUGUUAGGUGGUGAAUCAAUAUCUGAAGAGAUGUUUAUUGUUCGUUGUUGUUUGAUGUUGCAGUCAGGUAUGGGAGCAGCGUACGGGACAGCGAAGAGCGGGGUCGGUGUGGCGUCGAUGGGUGUGAUGAGACCAGAGCUUGUGAUGAAAUCGAUUGUUCCCGUGGUUAUGGCUGGUGUGUUGGGUAUUUAUGGUUUGAUCAUUGAUGUCAUCAUCAGUACUGGAAUCAAUCCAAAGGCCAAGUCUUACUAUCUAUUCGAUGGCUAUGCUCAUCUCUCUUCGGGUCUCGCUUGUGGUCUCGCCGGUCUCUCCGCUGGUAUGGCUAUUGGAAUCGUCGGCGACGCAGGUGUCAGAGCGAAUGCACAGCAAUCAAAGCUGUUUGUGGGAAUGAUUUUGAUUCUCAUCUUUGCUGAAGCUACUUGUAAUCCUUUGCUACAAUGGUUUUUAAUUGUAUUGCAUUGUCGUUGCUUUCAUUUUCGUUGAGAUGCAUAUAUGUGGAAUAGAGUAAUUUACUCUUUCUCUUAAAAUUUCAACUUACUAAUUCCUAAGGAUUUCAAAUUA